UUAGUGAGGAAGGCUACUGCGGAUAUUACGGCAAUUUCUACAGAAGAGAUAAACAAACAUGUAAUAUUAUACGUAAGACAUUUUUUUUAUCAAAAUCCAUCCUAUCUUCAACCAAUAAAUUUUCUUCGAAUUUUUCGCAGCGUCGUCACUUUUUACGGCGACCGGUGAAAGAAACUAAUCUUCUUUCGAGCAAAACGAAGUUUUCUUGCCAAAAGAAGGACGAUGGGUGGAAAAAUGGCGUGAAACGAUGAGCUUUACCGCAUUCUUUAUCUGACUGCUGUCAGAGACAGGUGUCUGUGAUCAUCCCUAAACCCAGAAGGGAGACUGUCAGGACUGUGAUUCAUUUGCUCCUAAGUUCACUUGAGUUAGACGUCUAAAGUCAUGGCUUGGGCUCUGAAACUACCUCUGGCCGAUGAGGUGAUUGAGUCUGGUCUGGUCCAGGACUUUGAUGCCAGUCUGUCAGGGAUCGGGCAAGAGCUUGGAGCUGGUGCUUACAGCAUGAGUGACGUGCUAGCUCUCCCCAUCUUUAAACAGGAGGAGUCUAAUUUACCUCCGGAGAGUGACGAUAAGAUUCUUCCCUUCCAGUAUGUACUGUGUGCUGCCACCUCUCCUGCUGUCAAACUACAUGAUGAGACGCUCACCUACCUCAAUCAAGGACAGUCUUAUGAGAUUCGAAUGCUGGACAAUCGGAAAAUGGGGGAACUUCCUGAGAUCAAUGGGAAAAUGGUGAAGAGCAUCAUCCGCGUUGUGUUUCAUGAUCGCCGCCUUCAGUACACUGAACACCAGCAGCUGGAGGGCUGGCGCUGGAACAGGCCGGGAGACAGAAUCCUUGAUUUAGAUAUCCCGAUGUCGGUAGGGGUGGUUGAUCCCAGGGCAAACCCUACACAGCUCAACACUGUGGAGUUCCUCUGGGACCCCUCGAAAAGGACCUCUGUUUUUAUUCAGGUCCAUUGUAUAAGCACAGAGUUCACCAUGCGUAAGCAUGGAGGAGAGAAGGGAGUGCCGUUCCGUAUUCAAAUCGACACUUUCAAGGAGAAUGAGGCCGGGGAGUACACUGAGCAUCUGCACUCCGCCAGCUGCCAAAUCAAAGUUUUUAAGCCUAAAGGUGCAGACAGAAAGCAGAAAACAGACAGAGAAAAAAUGGAGAAACGAGCACCGCAGGAAAAGGAAAAAUACCAGCCUUCAUAUGAAACCACCAUUCUCACUGAGUGCUCUCCGUGGCCUGAGAUUACAUACGUCAACAAUUCCCCAUCACCAGGUUUCAACAGCACCCACAACAGCUUUCCUGUGAAUGAAGGAAAUGGUUCACCCAAUCACCAGCCGGAGCCUGUGGCACAGUUAGCAGAUAAUCUGUUGCCAACGGCAACGCCACAGGAAGCACAGCAGUGGCUCCAUAGAAACCGUUUUUCACCAUUCUGCCGUCUCUUCUCAAACUUCUCGGGGGCCGAUCUGCUAAAACUGACCCGAGAGGAUGUCAUCCAGAUCUGUGGGCCUGCUGAUGGUAUUCGGCUAUUUAAUGCACUCAAAGGACGGGUGGUCCGUCCAAGGCUCACCAUCUAUGUGUGCCAGGAGUCCCAACAGGCUCGUGAACAGCACCAGAAACAUGAGAACGGAGACGGGUCUAGCAACACUUUCUUCGUGUAUCAUGCUAUCUAUCUGGAGGAGUUAACAGCUGUGGAACUGACAGAAAAGUUGGCCCAGCUCUUCAGCAUCUCUCCACGGCAGAUCAGUCAGAUCUUCAAGCAGGGACCCACUGGUAUCCAUGUGUUAGUCAGUGAUGAGAUGAUUCUGAACUUUCAAGAUGAGAUGUGUUUUGUCCUGGACACAAUGAAAGCUGAAACAAACGAUGGCUAUCACAUCAUUUUGAAGUGAAAACAAAGGAUGAGGGGGAGUGAACAGGCCCCUUAUGUUUUUCUUAAGAUUCAACCCACAGCCCCUUGCCUGCACACUUCCUGGACCUUACCGAAGAUCGCUUGGCUUGGAAUAAUAAUGGAGACGAUCAUGGGAAAGGAAAAAAGGCACCUGACCCAUUUUGAAACCUUUGCUGUUUUAUCCAUGGAGCGUGUGCUGCCUUUUACCUCCACUUUCCAUUUACACUCGCAAAACAAAUCGCAGAAUUUCUAUUUUACUAACUUUGUUAGCAUCAAUUUGAUUUGCCAGAAAAAAAAGUUUAUAAUGUGCUACGCACGGCCUUACCGGCUCAAACAGAGAAUUGUCUGGCAUUAAAUACAGUAUUAUUUGGUGUUGUCUGUCUGGAUGUCACCCUCUGAGUAUUUUAGCUGCAUGUGCUAGAGUCCCAUGUGAAGUGCAGUCCACAUGCCUCAAUGAAUACAUGCUUUAUAAACAACAUAAGUAGAAGGUUAUGUCACAGAGAUCCAUGGUAGGCCCAGAGAUUUCCAGGACACUUAAGAAAUUGCCUCUGUUUAUGAUGAACGUUAUCGUCAGUUCUCUCACCUGCGAGAAAAAAGUAGGCAGUCCCGUUUUUAUAUUGUCCCCCUCACUUUUAGCAGAUGAUGCAAUCACAGAUGUUGUGAGGGACAGAAUGAAUUAAAAUAGCUCUAUACUGCCACUAUUUUCAAGUUCAGUUUUUUGGCAGGUUCACGGCGAGCAGCGUGACUAACGCAUUGCUGCCCAAAUCAUUUAUGUUUUGUAUAAGUUAAUUGUUGAUUUGUUAAGCCUUGUGGACGUUGGGCUUGAUAUUAGGUUCUGUAGCUUUGAUUUUUCAGGUGUUGCUGCAAAUGCACGUUAUUUACAGGUGGAAGAUGAACGGCAGCAGUGGGCAUUAUAUAUGUACGUCUUUUUAUUUUUAUUUUUUAACAUUGUGCAUAAAACCUCUCCCUCAUUUCGUUUUUUCAUCGUUGCAUAUAUUAGAAUAG